GGCCACACCUCUUGGUGUCACGUCCGCCCACUGGUGGUCCUGCUUCCUGCCUUGCUGAGGAAGAGGACAGCGCUGACGGCUGGGAGGACGCGAGGAGCGACAAGAAAGCCCUUGGAAAGACGUAAGAAAGCGGGGAACGGCCCUGGUUUGCACCGUCAGUCGGGAGAUAAGCACCCCGAGUUUCCAUAGCGGCCGAAUUUGUCACCGAAGCGGCGCCGAAAAAUGUCGAACAGUCGUCAGCUUAGCGAGAGCAGGGCCAUCCCGACCAGGACGGUGUUGAUCAACGAUACAACGCAGCUACCUCAUGACUAUUGUACCACCCCUGGAGGCACUUUAUUCUCUACCACUCCCGGAGGAACGCGAAUCAUCUACGACCGCAAGUUCUUGCUGGACAUGCGUAACUCGCCCAUCGCCCAGACACCACCCGCUCACCUGCCUGUCAUCCCCGGUGUGACCAGCCAAAACACGCUCCGUGAGAACCGGAAGAAUAAAGCCAACAACCACGUCAACAACCACGACGGAAAGCCUACGAAUGGUGACGACGCCCAGUUUGAAAUGGACAUCUGACAGACUGGCGCCAGCACACGCACAAAACAACCCAAACAAGUAAUUGACCUGGCAUGCUCUGUCAUGCUAGUGGCCUGGCUUAGAGAAACAAAUGUGAGCCCCCAUGGCAGCCAUUUUCUUUUGCUCUCCACCUCGCUGCUGCUGCUGAUGUCGUGUGUGUGUAUGUGUAAAAAUCACCGGGAUACAGCCCAUAUUGUCUGGUACGGGGGUCUACAAACUGGCUUUAUUUGAAUAGAUUUCCAUAGCUGCUGUAAAAUUCAACCACACAACAAAGGGAGCUGGCGUGUUGAUU